AGACAGUGUCAUUGGGAUUGCCUGAGGAACGCAUUCCCUUACCUUGACGAAAUAUGAUGUCCAAGGCGGCUCUUUGCAUUGCUUCAAGUAUGCGGUCAACACUUCCGAGGCACGGGGCUUUAAUAAAACGCGGUGUGCUGGCGAAUGCUAGUAAUAGAAGCAAAUCCGACCGUGCUCGCUUGGUAGAACACUUCGAUCCGGUGCCCAUUGCCAACGAGAAGCUGCUCGAUUACGAGAAUGGUUCAAGUGAACGCAAGGAACUGGAGUCGUCGCUGCAAAAAAUUCUGUCCUCAGUGAAGCACGUGCCCAUUGUGAUCGAUGGCGAGGAGCAUAAGGUGCGGAACGAGCUGCUGCAGGUCUUGCCGUACAACAUCAAGAGGCCCAUAGCUCGAUAUGGCCACGCGUCUCACGGGAUGCUGGAAAUGGCCAUAGAGAAGACAGUGGAGGCGCAGGAGCGAUGGGACAGGACACAGUUGAGUGAGCGGAUGUACAUCUGGCAAAGGGCGGCUGAGAUGAUAGCCACCAAAUACCGCUUCGACAUUGUCGCCGCCACAAUGCUCGGCCAGGGAAAGACGCUGCGGCAGGCGGAGAUGGAUGUGGCCGAACUCGUCGAUUUUAUGCGCAUCAGUCCCGCCUUCCUGCGCGACGUGGCCAGCUAUGAGCCCAUCAACGACUUCCCCGUCACGCAGCGCAACUACAUGCGACUGCGUGGCUUGACCGGAUUCGUGGCUGCAAUCAGUCCCUUCAACUACACCAGCAUUGCGGCCAACUUGGCCUUUACGCCGGCCCUGAUGGGCAACGCGGUGAUGUGGAAGCCCUCGGACUCGGCCAUUCUGUCCAACUGGUACGUGUUCCAGGCCAUGCGCGACGCUGGGCUGCCCGAUGGUGUGGUCAACUUUAUUCCGUCGGAGGAGACGACCUUUGCCGCGGCUGUCACGCAGCACUCCAAGCUGGCCGGGAUUCACUUUACGGGCACCGCGGGAGUGCUGAAGGUGCUGUGGCAGCUGGUGGCCAACAACAUAAAUGUCUACGAGAACUAUCCACGGCUGGUGGGUGACUCUGGCGGCAAGAACUUUCACUUUGUGCACUCCUCUGCCGAUCCAGAGACAGCGGUGGCUUGCACCAUCCGGGCGGCCUUCGAGUAUGCGGGCCAGAAGUGCUCCUCCUGCUCGAUGCUGUACGUGCCCCAGUCGCUGUGGGAGUCGCACAUCAAGAAGCCACUGCUGGAGAUCAGCUCCCAGCUCUUUGUCAGCAAAGCCACCUACUGUGAGUGCUUCUACUCGGCGCUGAUCAACAGGCAGGCCUACAAUCGCAUCUACAUGUGGCUGCGGUACAUCGGGCUGAAUCCCGACUGCGAGCUCCUCACCGGCGGCACGUGCAGCCGGAAGCAGGGCUACUACGUGGACCCCACCAUUGUGCAGGUGCACGACCUCAACGAUCGCAUCUGCAGGGAGGAACUCCUGGGGCCCAUUCUCUGCGUUCAUGUCUAUGCGGACGAGGAGUUGCCGCAGACCAUGGCCAAGGUGGCCGAAAUAAAUCACGGCCCCAUCGGCUCUGUCUUUGCCAGCGACGCUGAUUUCAUCGAUGAGGCCUACAGGGUCUUCAAGUUUAAUGUGGGAAAUCUGAAUGUCAACGACAAGUCCACUGGCGCCAUGGUGGCCAGGCAGCCCUUUGGAGCCGGCCACAUGACGGGCACCAGCGACAAAUUGGGCAGUCCGCACGCUCUCCUGCGUUGGACGUCCCCGCAGGUGAUCAAGGAGUCCUUCAAGCCACACGUCAGCGUGUACUAUCCCUACAUGGAGAUCACUGAACACAUACAGAAUAUUGGCAAGCCACAGCCCAAGCCGGAAAGCAAAGUACAACCUCAGAUGGAGAGCAGAGACGAACCGCAAGUGGCAUAAAUGUCCCCCGUGGCUUGUGGCUC